CCCUUGUGCUUGAUCAUCUGAAAGUGAUGGCAAGCACAUAGCACAGUAUAUCACGAUACCCCAAGAAUUAAUCACCUUCAACUUCUCGUUCCUUUCCUCCCAACCACUCGUCAACUUAACAUCUUCACCUCGAUGGCAGUCCCGGAAUACACGAUUGCAGACUUCAUUCAUCAAGAGUCGUGGUGGAAGAAUCGUGGCCUGCUGGUUUUAAAUAUCUAUCUGAUAUUACCACUGCUAUCAUCAGUACUGAAUGGCCUUGAUUCGUCUAUACUAAACGGUCUGCAGAUUUUGCCCGGAUGGCAAGAGUACUUCCAUAAUCCGCAGGGGAAAACCUUAGGCCUCAUAAAUUCUGCCCAUGGAAUUGGCGCCCUCAGCGGGAUUCCGUUCUCCCCUUAUGUGUCUGACUUGCUAGGACGACGAGCAUCUAUGUUUAUCGGGGCAACCUUCGCGCUAGCUGGUGUCCUCACGCAAGCCUUAUGCACCACCGUGCAAGUAUUCAUUGGCGCUCGUGUGCUCAUCGGACUAGGCAUAGCUUUCUCCAUCAAUGCCGCACCCUUGCUUAUCAGCGAACUUAGUUAUCCAACGCAUCGCGGAAAAUUGACCUCUCUAUACAAUUCGAUGUGGUAUCUUGGCAGCAUUAUCUCGUCUUGGAUCUGCCUGGUUGCCUAUGAUCAAGCAGGGACAUCGCAAUGGUCAUGGAGAGUCCCUGUAUUUCUCCAAGCUGCUGUUCCUAUCCUGCAAAUGAUGUUGAUAUGGUUCAUUCCGGAGAGCCCUCGAUUCCUAGCGGCUAAAGGUCUGGAAUCGCGAGCUGCGCGUGUCCUCGCUCAGUACCAUGCUAAUGGGACAAACGAAUGUGACCAUCAUUUAGUAGCAUUCGAGAUGGCUCAAAUCCGACAUGCUCUGAACCUCGAACGAGAGAUUGCCUCCAGUCCGUCUUAUCUGACGUGCUUCGCAACUCCUGGUAACAGGCGGCGCAUGUUUAUCAUUAUAUCGCUGGCAGUAUUCUCGCAGUGGAGCGGUAAUGGUCUCGUCUCGUAUUACAUCAACAUCGUUUUAGACGGCAUUGGCAUAACCACGACUCAGACAAAAGCAGCAAUUAACGGCGGUUUACAGAUUUUUAAUCUCGCUAGUGCUCUAUUGGGCACAAUGCUUGUGGACAAGUUGGGCAGAAGGAAGUUGUUCCUGAUUUCGAAUAUUGGAAUGUUGAUCGUCUUUUCUAUGUGGACAACUACCACCGCUCUUUUCAAAGAGACCGGGAGUACUGUAGCUGCGAAAGCUACUGUACCGCUCAUUUUUAUGUUCUUCUUCUUUUAUGACUUUGCAUACACGCCGAUAAUUGUUUCGUACACACUCGAGAUUCUACCUUACAAUAUUCGCGCCAGGGGACUUGCAAUCAAGAGCUUUUCUUCAUAUCUUUUCAACACUUUUAACACGUUCGUCAAUCCGUGGGCACUCGAUGCCAUAGGUUGGAAAUAUUACCUUGUUUACUGUGGAUGGCUCGUUCUGGAGUUAGUGUUUGUGAUGGUGUUCGUUAUUGAGACGAAAGGUCGCACUCUGGAAGAAACUGCUGCUUUAUUUGACGGCGUGAAACCUCCUCGGAAUACCACAGAACGGAGAGAUAGCACGACUUUCACUACAAUACCACAACUUGAAUAUGGACCUAGACAACCCCGUCUAGAGAAAGAUAUCCCAGACAACUAUUUCGGGCAUGAAAGCAGUAGUAUCCGGAGUAGUGCUUUAAGAUCACAUUCGUAUAUCGAGCUUCAGGAACGCAGUAGAGUGCAGCAGGGUAGUGACUUUGGAUCACCUUCGCAUCUCGAAACACAGUCAGAAGAGUCUGUCAUUACAUUUGCUAAAUAAAAGGGGAACCACCAUCACGAUAUUGUAUUUUAUGUCCAA